AUGGUUCCGAGGAUAAAGAACGUACCUGGUUUUGAUUCCCUUGUAAUCGCGAUGCAAAGGUUCGUAUGGGUGGUUCGACCGCCGGUUGACGACUCCUCUUACAGUGAGUAUAUCUCGGGUAGUGGCGGCGGUACCAAAGACCACACGCCAGAGUAUCUACCAGAAGGGUUCGUGACUUGUACUUGCGAUAGAGGUUUCUUGAUCCCAUCAUGGGCACCGCAAGCUGAAGUCCUGGCCCAUCGGGCCGUUGGUGGGUUUUUAACCCAUUGUGGUUGGAGCUCGACGUUGGAAAGCGUCCUUGGCGGCGUUCCGAUGAUAGCAUGGCCGCUUUUCGCCGAGCAGAAUAUGAAUGUGGUGUUGCUCAGAGAUGAACUGGGAAUCGCCGUUAGAGUGGACUAUUCAAAGGAGGCGAUUUCUAGGUCGAAGAUUGAGGCGUUGGUGAGGAAGGUCAUGGCUGAGGAGGAAGGUAAGGAGAUGAGAGGGAAAGUGAAGAAGUUGAAAGAGACGGCGGAGAUGUCGCUGAACAUUGACGCUGGUGGUUUGGCGCACGAGUCACUUUGCAGAAUCACGGAGGAGUGCCAACGGUUUUUGGAACGUGUCGGGGGCUUGGGAACUGGUGCUUAA